GUCCAGUAGUUGUGUUUACAGCAGCAUGGCGAAGGUGUCGAAGAAGCAGGCGAUUAAAAAGGUUAAAAAGACCAAAAAGAAGUCGGAUUCGGCCGAGGAGACUCUGGCGGCGGUUCCGACUGUGGCCUAUGAUGAAGAGGAGGAGGAGGAAGAGGAGGAUUUAAACGGAAACUUCAGCGGAGAAGAAGACGAGGAAGAUGAACGGCGGAGACAGAAGCUGCUGGAGGCGAUCAGCUCCCUGGGGGGGAACCGGAGGAAGCGGCUGGGGGAGCGGUCCGAGGCCGCGGUGCAGAUGUCCGAGUUCGGUGUGAGUGUGGACGGAGAAGGACGGAAGAUCCAACUGUCCGAACUAAUCCCGAAGUCUGCCCCGGUUAAGACCCAGAAACAGCUGAAGACCCUGCAGGCCAGCACGAGGACGGUGGACAGUCCGCUCAGCAAGCAGGAAACGGAGCGGAUCCAGAGGGACCUUGCGUUCCAGAAGACGGCAGAGGAGGUGACACGGUGGAAGAGCUUGAUCCGACAGAACGAGAGGGCGGAGCAGCUGGUGUUCCCGCUAAACCAGGAGCCAUCGGGGCCCAGACCCGUGGACCGGGUGGCGCUGGGCUGGAUGGCCCAGACCCCCCUGGAGCAGGAGGUCUUCGCCGUGUUGACUGCCAACAAACAGCCCGUCCAUGACCCGCUGCUGACCCCGGAGGAGGAGGCAUCGGUGAAGGCCAUGAGCCUGGGGGAGGCCAAGAUCCGGAGGGCAGAGCUACAGAAGGCCCGCGCCCUGCAGUCCUACUAUGAAGCCCGGGCCCGAAGGGACCGGAAGAUCAAGAGCAAGAAGUACCACAAGGUCCAGAACAAGGCCAAGCGCAAAGACCUGCUGAAGCAGUUUGACCACAUGGUGCAGACGGACCCGGCUGCCGCCCUGGAGGAGCUGAAGAAGAUGGAGGUGGCGAGGAUGCAGGAGAGGAUGUCCCUCAAGCACCAGAACAGCAGCAAGUGGGCGCGGUCCAAGGCCAUCAUGGCCAAGUACGACCAGGACGCACGCAAUGCCAUGCAGCAGCAGCUGGACAUCAACAAGGAGCUGACACAGAAGGUGGUGACGGCACUGAAUGACGACCAAGAAGAGGAGGAGCAGGAGGAGGAGGUGAUGCCAGAGUGUAUAAAUGAUGCAGAGGAAGCAGACGCUGCCAACCCGUGGAUGAGAGGGAGACUGUCCCAGGACCCAGAAGACAACGAGAAAACUGAAGAUCUGACUGUGGAGGUGGAGAAUAAAGGUGGAGAAGAAGAGGAGGAGGAGGAAGAAGAAGAGGAGGGAGAAGAAGAAGCACUGCUAAGGAAAUUUGACAGCAGGAGGAAGCAGCGCCGGGCUGAAGAGGAGGAGGCGGCAGCGGCGGCAGCAGUGGAGUCUGCAGAAGAAGAACACAAAGAUGAUGAUGAAGAACUGACGGAGUUCACAAACCUCCUCCGCCGUCGUCAGCAAGAGGAAGAGCAGACUAAGGUGGAGACAGGAAACCCGGCCCCCCUGCUGGAGGAGGGGCUAAUGAGGGUCAGGACGCUGGAGGAGGUGGAGCAACUGGGUCAGGACCCUGGUUCCGAGGAGAAUCCGGUCGCUGCUGAUCCAGAACCUGCCCUCCCUCCAACAGAACCUCCACCUGAGACAAGAAAGGCGAGUAAAUCUAAGAAGAGGAAACGUGGGAUUGAGCUGCAGGAAGUUCUGACCAAACAGACCAAAGUCAUUGCGGUUCCACUCGCUCCAACAGCCGAGGAUGUGGAGGACGGCGGCGCAGAGGAGCUGGACCAGCGCGGGCUGAUCCAGGAGGCAUUCGCCGGAGACGAUGUUGUCUCUGAUUUCCUCAAAGACAAGAGGAAGCAGGAGGAGGCGGGGAGGCCGAAAGUGGUGGACCUGACGCUGCCUGGGUGGGGCGAGUGGGGCGGGACUGGCAUCCAACCAUCACGCAAGAAACGCCGCAGGUUCAGGGUCAAACCCAACCCGCCACCGUAUCGGAAGGACAAGAACCUACCCAGUGUGAUCAUCUCAGAGCAGAGGAACAGCGCCAUCAGCCUCCACCGGGUCAGCGCACUGCCCUUCCCCUUCGAGAACCACGCCCAGUUUGAGAGCACCAUCCGCUGCCCGCUGGGACGUACGUGGAACAGCGAACGCACCGUCCAGAAGGUCACCAGGCCCCGGGUCGUCACCACGCUGGGCGCCAUCAUUGAGCCCAUGAGCCGCGAAGAGCUGCUCAAGGACCAAACAAAGGGGGAUUCUGGGGAAAAAAGCAACACCAACCCAGUGAAAGAAAAGAACACACAUCACAAACACAAAGCAGGGAACAAACAGAAGCAGAAAAAGAAAUAAAACAACAACUGCUGUGAAUGAUGGGACGUGGAGGAUGUCACUGUUGGACUUUUACUGUCUGUGAGUUUCAGAAUUAGUUUAUGAUAAAAUAUGUCAAAUAUAUAAAGCAAUAAAUUCCACAUGUUGAGUUAAA